CCUCCUCCAGUGUACGGUCUCAGCGCCGCUUCAACGUGAUCGCGUCUCACUGAGUAGCGAUGUGGUUUAUGGGGAGCGCUUGUAUGUCUCGCUCAUACGCUCUUUGAACAGGAUGUAGCGACUCAGACAGAAAACGGAAAGAGAAAGAAACCGCGUUAAACUUUGCGAUGUGACACACACCGGCGAGCCAGAAAUGAGCGCAGCAGCGGAGAGAAAGAAGAAGACAGGAGCCGUCACGAUGAAGCAGCUCUCCGCCGGCAGGUCUUGACGGCUGCUCCGGCUGACCCGAGACGCUCCCCGCCGCCGCACCAUCGCACGGUUUACAAACACACCGAAAAUCCAACACGGCCGAAAUAGUCCACAUCCCGUUGUGAAACUUGAAAGCAAUAAUGGCGAGCCAGGGCGACUGCUGUGUGAAGGUUGCGUUGAGGAUUCGUCCUCAGAUGGCCAAGGAGAAGAUAGAGGGCUGCCAUGUGUGCACACUGGUCACUCCCGGAGAACCGCAAGUUCUCCUUGGAAAAGACAAGGCCUUCACCUAUGACUUUGUGUUUGAUGUUGACUCGGAGCAGCAGAACAUCUACCAGGCCUGCGUGUACAAGCUCAUCGAAGGCUGUUUUGAGGGCUACAACGCCACCGUGUUUGCUUAUGGUCAGACGGGCUCGGGGAAGACCUACACCAUGGGGACGGGGUUUGAUGUGAACCUGAGCCAGCAGGAGCAGGGCAUCAUCCCGCGGGCCGUUCACCAGCUGUUUGAGGGAAUCCAGAACCGGAGGGUGCGCGCCCAGGAGGCGGGCAGCCAGCCGCCUGAGUUUAAAGUCAGCGCCCAGUUCCUUGAGUUGUACAAUGAGGAGAUCCUGGACUUGUUUGACGGAGCCAGAGAUCCAGAGAGUCGGAGCAGGAAGUCCAACAUUAGGAUCCAUGAGGAUGCCAGUGGCAGCAUCUACACCACUGGAGUCACUUCCAGACUGGUACACUCGGAGGAGGAGCUGCUGCAGUGUCUGAAGCUCGGCGCUCUGUCCCGCACCACAGCCAGCACCCAGAUGAACGCCCAAAGCUCCCGCUCGCACGCCAUCUUCACCAUCCACCUCUGUCAGAUGAGAGUGUGCCAGCAGCCUCAAAUGAACGGAGAAGGAGAGAACGGGGAGAUGAAUGGUGUGGACUCCAGCCCCAUCGCCCAGCCGGAGUACGAGACGCUCAUGGCCAAGUUCCACUUUGUGGACCUGGCAGGCUCUGAGAGGCUGAAACGCACGGGAGCGACAGGAGAGAGAGCCCGCGAGGGAAUCUCCAUCAACUGUGGACUGCUGGCACUGGGAAAUGUGAUCAGUGCUUUAGGAGACCAGACUAAGAAGGGAGGACACGUCCCUUACAGAGACUCGAAACUCACUCGUCUGCUACAGGACUCACUGGGAGGCAACAGUCGCACAGUGAUGAUCGCCUGCGUCAGUCCGUCAGACCGGGACUUCAUGGAGACACUGAACACACUGAAGUACGCCAACCGUGCCCGAAACAUCAAGAACAAGGUGGUGGUGAACCAAGACAAGACCAGCCAGCAGAUCAGCGCCCUGCGGGCCGAGAUAGCCCGCCUUCAGAUGGAGCUGAUGGAGUUCAAGGCGGGGAAGCGUGUGGCAUGUGAGGAUGGUUCAGAGGGCUACAGCGACCUUUAUCAGGAGAAUGCUAUGCUGCAGAGAGAAAACGACACACUGCGCCUCAGGGUUAAAGCCAUGCAGGAGACCAUUGACCACCUGAACACCCGUGUCACACAUCUGCUGGCCAACGAGGUCAGCACUCUGCUGACCAAGUCAAGUGAAGGCAAUGAGGAGAUUGGGGCUUUAAUCCAGAACUACAUCCGAGAGGUUGAAGAACUUAGAACUAAGCUUCUUGAGAGCGAGGCAAUGAACGAGUCGUUGCGAAGGCAGGCGGCCCGAAUUUCCUCGCGUUCCUCCUUCCCUUCCUCCAGUCUCAGCCCUGCCACCGGCUACCCCCCUGGCUCCUCCCCUGCUCCCAUGUCUAUGGAGGCUGAGAUGACGGACGUGUUACGUCGGGCCAAGCUGGAUAUUGAGAGGCUGAAGAAGAAGGAGAGGAGGCAGAGGAGGAUGAGUCCAGAGUUGGAGAAAGGCCUGAAAAAACGAGUGAAACUGCACGCUCACGAGAAUGGAGAGAACGGGCAGAGUCGUGAAAACGGACAAAACGGACAGAAUGAUGAGAUCGAUUCGGAUGACAAUUGCAAUGAGGACAUCAUGUCUCCGCUGCAGGAGGAGAGUGGUUGUGAUGAAGAUGAGGGGGAGGAUGAGGAGGAGGGCAGGGAGGAGGAGGACGGGUUUGACAGUGACGAGAGCCUGGUGGAUUCGGACUCGGACUCUGAUGAGAAAGCCAACUUCCAGGCAGACCUGGCAGAUCUGAUGUGUGAAAUCGAGAUCAAACAGAAGCUGAUAGAUGAGCUGGAGAACAGCCAGCGGAGGCUGCUGAUGCUGAAGCUACAGUACGAGGAGAAGCUCAUCCUACUGCAGAACAAGAUCCGCGACACUCAGCUGGAGAGAGACCGUGUGCUGCAGAACCUCAUGUCCAUGGAAAAUUACACGGAGGAGAAGGCCAACCGGAUCAAGCAGGAGUAUGAGAAACGUCUAAAGGAGAUGAACCGAGACCUGCUGAAGCUACAAGCGGCACAGAAAGAGCACGCGCGUCUCCUCAAAAACCAGGGGAGGUACGAACGGGAGCUGAAGAAACUCCAGUUAGAGGUCAACGAGAUGAAGAAAGCCAAGGUCGCACUGAUGAAGCAGAUGAAGGAGGAGCAGCAGAGGAGGAGAAUGGUGGAGGCAAAGAGGAACCGUGAGAUCGCCCAGCUCAAGAAGGAGCAGCGGCGACAAGAGUACCAGAUUCGAGCGCUGGAGUCUCAGAAGCGGCAGCAGGAGCUGGUGCUGCGCAGGAAGACCCAGGAGGUGACCGCCCUGCGACGUCUGGCUAAGCCCAUGUCAGAUCGCGUGGCCGGGCGUGUGGCCCGCUGGAACCAGACCCCCCCAGUUACAGACUCUGGGGCUGAGUUGUCAGCCAGCACUACUGCAAGCAGUUCUGAACCUGAGACUGGCAGGACUGUGAGCGGGCUGGUGAGACAGUGGAACAGCAAGAACAGUGUGUUUGGAUACAUGGCAGAGAGUGAAGGGAGCAUGGAUGGAACCAGGGUCAUUGGCAGCAGGAAGAAGUUGCAGCGUAAGCCAGCAGGACUGGGCAGUACUGGAGCAGCUGGCAGACCCAGCAGUUUCUCAAAGUCUGCCCGUCAGAAGUGGCAAACCCUGGAGCGACGCAUUAUGGACAUCGUCAUGCAGAGAAUGACAAUCUCUAAUGUGGAGGCUGACAUGGAUCGUCUUAUCAAGAAGCGAGAGGAGCUGACAGUCCAGCAGGAAUCGCUCUCACACAAAAGGGAGGUACUAAUGGCGGACGGGGAGGGACCAGAAGCAGAGGACCGUCUCCUUCAGGAAAUUAACGAGGAGCUCGAGGUGCUGAACGCCAAUAUUGACUACAUCAAUGACAGCUUGUCUGACUGCCAGGCCACCAUUGUACAGAUAGAAGAGACCAAGGAUGAGCUGGACUCGGUGGACACCUCGGUGGUGAUCAGCUCCUGCUCGCUGGCUGAAGCACGCCACCUGCUGGACCACUUCCUAAAGGCCUCCAUUGACAAAAGUUUACAGGUGGCUCAGAAGGAGGCUCAGGUCAGACUGCUCGAGGGUCAGCUGAGGCAGACGGAUGUGAUUGGCUCAUCCCACAAUCACAUGAUUCUUGAUGCCCUGAGAGAAAAGGCAGAAUGCAUCCCUGAACUCCAGGCUCUUAUCCACAACGUACAGCAGGAAAAUGGUUACGCCAGCACAGACGAGGAGCCGUCUGAGUUCAGUCAAGCCUCUGACAGCAGUGUAUCUCAAAUGAAAGAAUCCAACAGCCAGGAUGAUUUCAAGAUUAAGAUGGAGCCUCGUCUGUCAGCUCAGAUGAAGGCGGUGUCAGCAGAGUAUCUGGGUCCUAUCCUGGACCCUUCUUCAGGCAGCAAGCCACAGCACAUCACCAAGUCUCUGGCUUCACUGACGGACAUCCAGGAGGACGGCCUGGGCCUGGCGACAGCAAGUCUGGGGCUCAGCUUGGCCCUACGAGACCCCUACCACAGGGACAGGGUGUCCCGCACCAUCAGCCUACCUGUCAGAGGACACACCUUUCCCAGGCAGUCUCGGGGUUAUGACACUUCCCCUAUAACAAGGAGGAAAUCUUACGACCGUGCGUACAGGCCCACUGAUGGCUAUACUCCCCCCUCCUCCCCUCCUCUGAGGACCAGGAACGACCGCAACGUCUUCUCAAGGCUCACCAGCAACCAAGCCCAAGGUUCAGCUCUGGACAAGUCUGAUGACAGCGACUCCUCGCUCUCCGAGGUGCUCAGGGGUGUGAUCAAUCCCAUCGGGGGUGUGAAGGGGGGUCGGACGGCACCCCUGCAGUGUGUUUCUGUAGCCGAGGGCCAUUCAAAGCCGGUCCUGUGUGUGGAUGCUACAGAUGAGCUACUAUUCACUGGAUCUAAAGAUCGCACCUGUAAGAUGUGGAACUUGGUAACAGGUCAGGAGAUCAUCACCCUCAAAGGCCACCCAAACAACGUGGUGUCAGUCAAAUAUUGUCCCUCCUCCUGUCUGGUCUUCUCCGUCUCCACCUCCUACAUCAAGGUGUGGGACAUACGCGACUCUGCCAAGUGUGUCCGCACGCUUACCUCAUCCGGGCAGGUGGUUUCCGGUGAUGCGUGUGCAGGCACCACCACCCGCACAAUAACCUUUGCACAGGGCGAGUGUCAGAUCAACCAGAUAGCCCUCAACCCGUCAGGAUCUGUGCUCUACGCCGCUGCUGGAAACACUGUUCGAAUGUGGGACCUCAACAGGAUGCAAGGGAUGGGGAAGCUGACAGGCCACAUCGGCUCUGUCAUGUGUCUGACAGUGGGACAGUCUCUGCUGGGCAAAGACCAAGUUAUCACUGGCUCCAAAGACCAUUACGUCAAGGUGUUUGACGUGACAGAGGGAACUCUGGGUAAUGUAGGCCCCGCUCAUAACUUUGAGCCGCCCCAUUAUGAUGGCAUCGAGUGUUUGGCUGUGCAGGGAGAUGUGCUGUUCAGCGGGUCGAGAGACAACGGCAUCAAAAAAUGGGAUCUGGAGCAGCAGGAGCUGACUCAGCAAAUCCCCAACGCUCAUAAGGACUGGGUGUGUGCUCUGGCGUACGUCCCGGGCAGGCCCAUGCUGCUGAGCGCAUGUCGGGGCGGCAUGCUGAAGGUGUGGAACGUAGACAACUUCACCCCCAUAGGAGAGAUCAGAGGUCAUGACAGCCCCAUUAACGCCAUAUGUACCAACUCAAGACAGAUCUUCACUGCAUCCAGUGACUGCAGGGUGAAGCUGUGGAGCUAUGUGCCAGGCCUGACCCCAUGUCUUCCUCGACGGGUCCUAGCAAUCAAGGGCCGAGCCACCAGCCUCCCAUGAUUGCCUCUUCUGUGCUCACCAACCCUCCCUUCCUCUGCGACAAGACAGUGAAGAUCUGGUCGUCAAAGGUGUGGAGGAAGAGGUGACAACCGAAAUGGUUCCUUUGUCGGCUCUCUUGCUGCUACUUCAGCCACUGAUCUGUGACCUGCGCUCUUCUAGCAAUGAGAUAGGACACUGAAAACAGUUUCCAAGGCAAUCAAGGGUUUUUUUUUUCUUUGUCAAGGUCCAAAUGACAAAGCUGAAGUGGAAUAUGUAUUCAAAGGCAAAAAACUAUUUGCCUUUCAGUUUUUCAGUUUUUUUUUUUUACUGACAAUUUGAAAGUGCCAUUCAGGUGUGAGGCAUCUUGGACAAGAUAAACUGCAUCUUCCUGGCAGUGGGUACACAAGACUGAACAAUUUCUCACCUGACAUAAAAACUACCACAGCCUGAUAUUAAAAGGAAAAGUGUCCUUCUGUCCUUUCACCAAGGUUUCAGAGUCCUUGUAGAGCACAGAGAGAUGAGUUUGGUCAAAGACGUGUGCGUUCUGUCGGAGUCGAGAUGUGGGCUGAAUUUGAACCAGAGGGACGUUAACUUAAAACUGCGACCUCUGUUGCUUCAUUCAGGAUGGUGAACACAUUGGAGGAUCACACCAUGUGUUAAUCAUGGCGGAUGAUCAAUAGACAGUUGCUGAUCUUGGAUUAAACAUCACUGGAAAACUACACAAAACACCAUCAGUUUUUGCUGCGAGAACACCCUCCUGAGAGCUGAAGUCAUUCUCAGUAUAUCACGGAAACUUUAUUGUGUUCCACAAGUUGUGUCCAUUUCUGUUAAUAACUUAUCCUAAUUUAUUAUUUUCCCUACCUCAGUUGUUUUGGACUUCGGCGUGAGGUGGGAGGGAACAUUUUUACGGGUCUCCGUGCACAAACACCUGGUGCUUGACAUUUUUGAAGUCUUUUAUUUAACACCUGGCUCUUCAUCUCUGUGUGGACGUAUCCUCUGUGGCACUCGGGCUAUCAGACUGUCUAGCUGCUGACCUUGCAAAGAGGAAAGCUCCUGUCCAGUAGCACAACAUAGGUAGCACUGGCUCCCGGGGGAAUCUGACCGGAUUGUAUUAUCUGCAAAGUGCUAACUGCGGCGAAAAGAAGAAACACCCCUGCAUAUGCACAUGACACAAACAGUACACACUCUUAAGCAGUUUGUGAGUCGAGUGCUCCACUGAGGCCAAAGUGCCCGGUCAUUAUCUCUACCGUCCUACAGUACAUGUGCCCCAUGCCUGCCAUUUAUCCUCUGCACAAAUGGAAAUAGGAGCCCUACCGGUUUUACCCCCUGCUGGCUUUCAGCUCCACUCUGAUCUUUAAGGUUAGAGACUGUGCCAGACUGACCAGCCUUACUGAAGAGUCCUCCUCCUUCCCCACUACUGAACUUCUCCGUGAAGCCUAUGUAAUUAGAGGUCUCGCAGCUCUACCAGCUGCUUUUCAAGCAAGAUUACUUGGGUGAAAGUAGGUCAUAGCUUAGAGGGAUUUCUUAUUAAAAUCCCAAUUUUCUUCCACCCACUAUUUGCUGCUACAUUUAAAGGCGGGAAGAAACUUCCUGUACCAGUGCACUGAUGUACAAAUCUGUUUAUGUGGCAGAUUAUGCGUGUGGGCAACACACACAUAUGCACAAACUGUGGACUCACACAAACACAAGACUUCAGUGGAUGUUGCGGUUAUCCAUCUUGCCUGAUAGGUCUUGCCAUCCCUCACUGUGUUGAUUUAGGGUCUCUUUAAUGAAACAAAUUCAGCACUGCAACACUCCACAUACACAUUCCCACAGUAAUAACCCAAGUCUUAAAAGUCAGCUGAAUUAUCUUUUUGUUAUGAACACAGAUAACAGCAUUCUCAUCAUUUAAAGUUUAUGAACUUUUUUUUUUUGCGUGCCAGUCCAAAAUGACACGCAGCAUUUUAAAGUUCUACUUCUUGAUAAAAACCCAAUUCAUGUCUGUUUGUAACAGUCACAGUUUUGUUGUGCAGCUCUGAAAUGUCACUGCUUCUGUUGGGAAGAAAAAAAAAGAGCUCUUUGGUAAUUUAGUGCACUUUUCCUUAGGACAGACCCGGAGACAUGUAGUUUGAUUAAACAAUGCUUGUAUCUUAAAACAGCAAUCAUUUGUGCUGAAACUAGCUAAUACUUUCCACAUACUUUCUGCAAAUUCUCCUCUAAGAGGGAGUAUGUACCGCCAACAUGAGUUUGAAGCUGCUUACACUCUACAGCAAUCAUGGGUUGUGGUCUUAUUCUGGUGGGUGGGAAGUGAAUGCAAAUGUGUGAAGAGGGUUGGGCGAUUUGCUGAAGUAUUCUUAGGUUUAAUAUUUUUAAUGUUUAGAAACUCAGGUAAAGGUUGAAGGAAAAUAAUGUUGUUCAUACUGAAGUCAUUAGUUGACCCUGUGAAUUUAGGUAGCUCUUUGAAUUGACCAAAUGCCUUGUUUGAGAGAUUUUUAUUUUAAUUUUAAGUUUUACUUUAAAGGUACUAUCAGUGUGCCACCCCUGUAUGUAAAAGACUCAUUUCCAUGUUUUGCUUUUGCAUUUGAUUCCCUUUACCUAUUAUCUAUGUACUGUGCUUUUCUGUACAAAACGUACACAUCUUAAAUUACAUCUUCCCAAUCUGGCCAAAGCUGAAAGUCUUGCAACUCUUGAGAGGAUAUGCACUGAUUUUUGACCUUGAUGACAUGUUUAAAAUAUGGUAAAUGUAUAGUAGUUUGUCUAUAAAAACGGCAUGAGUGGUACUAGAUUUAGUCAGUAGGAAAAUUAACCUCCAUAACAUGAUGGGUUAUACACUUGACCUUGGGUCAGACUCCACUGGACCCUUCACUGUACACUAUGUAUUUAUCUGUGCUAAUUAGCCAAACUGACCCUGCUCACCAGUUCUGUGGUGUGUUUCAUGUGAUAACAAUGCUAAGACAGGCUUUAUCUCUGUUUUUUCCACUUCUCCAAACUCCUUACUUAUUGCUAGAGAAAAUGUUGUAGUACUAUAGCUUUAGGUACUCUCUGAGGUGCCCCAUGCUUGUAUAUUUGCUGAAGGAUGCAUGAUAGAAGUGGUGCUCAUUGGUUGAUUGGACUUCUCAGAACGAACCAGUUCAGUUGGCAAAUCAUUCCACCGUUUACUGUCAAUCUUAAACCACUGAAGUGACAGUGGAUGUGCAAAAUCUUAAAAGGUUUUGGCCAUUCUGAAUCUCAGACAGUAGGAGAAUUAUUUGUAAAAACAAAAACGUUCUUAUUUAUUGAAGCCAAACAGAAGCCCUAAGUUAUUAUCUGGCGUUGGACCAACCCCACCCAAAGUUGCCCCUUGUCUUUAGGAGGCUUGAACUGUGCCGAUGCCAGCACCACGUCAUUAUUUGGUGAUGUGUGUAAAUAGGUGUGUCAUGCAUCUUUCAACAUUACAGAUGUGAUUUAGUCGAGGUUAACUGACUUCUUUUUUUAUUAGCUGGUCUCAGUAAUCUCUGCAAGUUAGGAUUUACAUGCACUUUGGAUAAUGAACACUGCUGUGAAUACUCUGUGAACUGCAUUCCAGAUAUUUAUGAAGAUAUAUAUUAAGCCUAGUUUUAGACUUAGUUUACAAAGGCAGAGUCUCACAUGAGGCUCAAAGCACUGAAACUGUACUGAAAAGAACACAUCUGUUUAGCUCUACAGUAGGUUUAGAAAUCAAUCAUAAUAAUGUUGUGCUGAUACAGUAUGUAAGAUAACAGUCGCGGCAUAGAGAGAGACAGUCCUCUGUAUGUCCCUGCCUUUAAAACCUGCGUUUUUUUUUUCUAGCAAAUCCUACCCGAGGAUGUCGAUUUUCACUGUAGCUCAGCAGCAUGCGCACAGGAGAGUCCAGCUCCAUCCUUAUUUCCCUGGUUGUCUGUGGCUUUCAGCCAUUUUUUUUAAUAAUGCUGACCACAAACAAGUUAUAUUACUCUAAGAAAGAUAUAAUCAGAGACACAAGAUGACAAGAUCUAAUCUUAAUCUGUUUCUCCUGCAACAACUUGGGGAAAAAUCUUACCUGAUGAAAUGUCCUUUCUGUAAGGGAUAUUAUCACACAAAAUAUACCAAUGAACAUGUAGUAAGUAUUGUUUGAUCAGUCCAAUUUUCCAAUCUCAAAUUGGUACACCAGCUGGUGGCAAUAUUCUGUAGUGAAAUGUGAAAAAAAAUCUAUAGUAUGUCCCCAUAGUGCCUAUUAGCAUCUGGUUUAAAUUGGGAAGCUAUUUGUUCAAAGGCAAAGAUCACUUUCACGUUUGAUAACUUGCUCAAUCUGUGUGUGUCUUUAUGUGCGCCCCCUAAUGGUAGUAUGAAAAAAAGUGACUGUUUGCAAAGCCCCGCCUCCUCGUAGUUAUUCUGACUACACCUGUCAAGCUUUCGAUUCUCACCCUGAACUCAUGCAGUUGUGUUGAAAAUGGAAGACAGUGGUAGCAUAAAUUUUACAUUUAUUUAUUUAAAUUAGACGUCAGUUUUGAAACAAUGAGUUUCACACAGCAGUACACAACAAGCACACCUGGACAACAACACGGUAGUUAGAUUCAUGCUGUAAUGUUUGUAUUUUUCUAAGAAAAGGAUUUGAGGAUAAGGAACGAUGACAAACGGAAUAAUUAUUAAUGCAGGUUCAUUUUAUGUUUUACCCCAUACAAAACUGUUGUUACAGAAGACCCCUGGAUUACUUUUGCUUCUGUUAGCCACACACACUAACAUUUAUGGCUUACAUACGGACAGAUAAGCACAUAUACCCAUGCUUUUGCAUGUGUUUAUGGUUUUGGAAUUGCUUACAAGCCAUCCUCAUAUUGCAUAAUAUGCAAACUGGCACUGGGCUCAACAUGUGGCGAAAUUCAAAGCUUGACAGGCUUGCUGUGCUUCAUCAUGGUUGCUAAGAGGUUGCUGGAGAUGAGGCCACAGAACAGACAGGGGGUCGAGCUGAUUGUCUGAUUACCACCUGUAGCAUUUCCAGCCCAACCAUCUUAUGACUAUUAAGAAGUGAAACCUAAGUAGUCAGCAUCUCAGAUACAGCCUUGUGCCUCAGCCAACAGGCCUUACUGCUUUACAGAAACAGGGCAUGUGUGGAGGACAAUAACGAUCAUUCCUCUGAGGACUGUAGAUUGUCCUACAGAUUGUGAAAUUUCUGUUCUCAGUCAGGUGACGUCUCUGCUCAAUUUAUUAGUAUGGCUGACUUUCAACUUUGCCUCAGGCUGCUGAGGAGGAUGGGAUCGCAUUUAAACACAAUCAAGAGGGCUGCAGAUCAAGAGGGCACUUUACUGCUUUGCAGCAAAUCACACACCAACACACGUCUUCUCCUCUGCAGCUGCUCAAGGGUGUGUGCCCCCACAUCAAGCUCACGUAUGCUAAUACAAUAUUAGUCUGUGAACUAUGUACUCACGGGACAUAAAUGCAGGGUCAAAGGUCAUGUGUGCCUUUUUAUUGCACAGACUACUCCCUCUCUUAAAUGAGUGUAAAUGUGUGUACAGUUUUUUUUUUUAUAUUCGACAGUGUGCAUGUGACCAAGCCAUGUAAAAUAUCUCACUGUAAAUAAUGUAAGUAAAUAUUUAAUGAAGGAUCCAAUGUUCCCUAAAGAAAAUAAAUAAGUUAAAAACAA